UGUUACUUGUCACUUGUCAGCUGCUUGAGAGAGUUGAAUGAAUGAGAAGAGAAAUUGGAUUCGCCAAAUCGAAAAAGUGAUUUGGUGUAAUCGUAUGUGGGUGCUUACUAAAAUUUAACCGUUCGGUAUAUAGAAAUAGGUGAGUGUGAGUGAUAUAUAGUCCAAUGUUGCAGCGAAAUGGUUCUUAAGACAAGUAUUAAGUUUUGAACGCCAACAAUGGCAUAUUAAUUCAAAGACUUGACCAAAUAAUGAUACAUAAAUAAACAACAGCUUGCAAUAAUUUUGCUAUGCUUGUAUGAAAUAAAAUUUUACAAUGUCUAGUAAUUCUUUACUGUUUUCCAUUAAUAAUGAAGGCAAAGUUUACGCUUUGUCAACAAGUGGAUCAUGUUGGAGAGAAUUCAUGUAUCUUGGCUUAGAAUUCAAAACAUUAUCUGCAGUACCACAUUAUCUUUGGGCCGUUGGAGGUGAUCGACAAAUCUAUCUCCACGUUCACGGUCUGGAAAUACCUAUAAGAGUUAAAGAGGAAUCAUAUGAGAAUGAAAGGUGGUUACCACUAGAAGGCUUCAGUGGAAGACUAUUACCCACAGACAGAUAUCAUUUCUCUUCACAAGAUGGUACUAAAGACAGAUCAAUUGAUCGUAUUAGACUACCAUCCAUGGCCUGGCAGUGGGAGGGCGAUUGGCAACUUGAAUUGACAUUAGAUGGUCAACCCUUAGAUCAUGAUGGAUGGACAUAUGCAGUAGACUUCCCAGCUCAAUUUGGCCCCUCUAAACAAUGGAAAUCUUGUGUAAGAAGAAGAAAGUGGAUAAGAUACAGAAAAUUCAGUGCUAUGAAUUCAUGGUGUGCUAUUGCUCCAUUGCACAAAGAUCCAACACAAGAGCCUUUCAUAGAUGUAAGCAUUGGGGGCAAUCAAAUCCCAUAUGCAUCUCCUGGAACAUUAGCAGUUUGGGCCAUAACUGCUCAUGGGCGUGUUAUGUAUAGAGCUGGAGUCAGUACUACAUCUCCUGAAGGAUUGAAAUGGAUUAACAUAAGUAUACCUCCUAAUUGUGAUAUUAAACAAAUAUCUGUCGGACCCACUGGAUUGGUAUGGGCUCUAUUGUGGACAGGAAGAGCUAUUAUUAGGAAAGGCAUAACCAAAGACUGCCCUACAGGAGAAGCAUGGAUGGAAGUCAAAUCUCCUAAUGAUACAAAAUUGGUGUCACUCUCUGUUGGAUUUAAUGCUAUUUGGGCUGUGAGUUCAGAUACAAGAGUCUGGUUUAGAAAAGGUAUAGACGGGAAUUCAGCUGGCACUUCAGAAGGAGCUGCAAUGGGAAGUGGUUGGCUAGAAAUAUCAGGACAUAUGAGCUAUAUUUCUGUUGGCAUCAAUGAUCAAGUAUUUGCUAUUGGUGACUCUGACAAAAGUAUUUACUGGCGUAGUGGUAUCACACCUGCUGAGCAAACUGGUAAAAGAUGGCGGAUGGUUCAGGCUAAUAUGCAACUAAGUAGGACAUCAAGCUCAGCAAGUGUAGUGUCUUCAGCUUCAAAUGCCAAGCAUCAUAGUCUAAAUAUGCUCAAUGAAUCUACAACUGAGCUUAAGUCUAACAUCAAUCUGCAUAAUUCUUGGGAAGAAUCACACUCUGCCCCUAUUGAACACACAUUACCCAUUAAACCAAAAGAAGCUCGCCAAAAACGAAAUGAGCAGGUGGACAAUAUUGAUUAUACAGGGAAAAGUUAUGAAACCACUUUAAAAAAUCCAAGAGCAUGGAGUCCCGUGAGAAGUGUGGGCUCUGUUGUAGGAAUGGAGGCGCAACCAGACAGUGACAGCAGUGUGUUUGAUGUUGAUUCAGGAAUGUUUUUUGAUGAUGAAAUUAGCCAAACUGCCUGGGGGACCUGUGAAACUACCUGGGCAUUUGUGGAAGCUGGGGCUUGUUCUGUAGAUGUAAUGCAGGUUCCUCAUUGGUUUACAGACUCUCACAGUGCAUUUAAUUUGGAUCUCACUUCUAAAUGGAGACUCCAAAUUUUGGAUAAUCUCAAAACCAGGAAUAAUAAUGUAACAGUAGAUCUAUCUAAUUAUGGUGUAGCAGUGGAAGAAAAAGGCUGGACACGGAGCUGUGAGUCAAGAUUGAUAAAUGCUAAUAAUUCCAGUGAAGAUUGUAUAUUGUCUUUGUAUUGGCAUGAUUUAGAAAACAUUGGGACACUAUCUGUUUUCCAACCAGAUGGUACCAUAAAGUUUAUCCUAAAUCUAGGUGAAGUUACUAGUGUAAUAACAUCAUCAGAACCUGGAAGUCCCAGAAUAACAUUGUCUGUUCCACGCCAAAUCAAGAGCCCUAUUAAAGUACAAUUUAUAUCAGAAAUGGAGCAAGAAGAAUGGUUCAAUGUUUUAGUUGAUAUUACUUCUCAAAUUAAUGGAGUUACUGGCAAACCAUCCCAAAACUCGGUUUGGGCAAUUGCUAGUUCUGGUGAUGUAUUGAAUUGGGAUCCAAUGCCAGCAAAACUAAACAUGUCAAAUAAUGGGCAAUAUGUCAAGGAAUUCCAAGUCUUUGGAAAGGAUAUAGUUGCUGGUUUCACGACAGCUUUGCACAAUAAUUUUCCGCCUGGAAGCACAAUAAAAGUUUCAGGUUGUUUAAAUGAUGAAAUAAACAGAUUUCAUAUUAAUUUAGAAGGACCAGAAGUAAAGAAACAGAGACAUAAAAUUGAAACUGAAGUCACUGAAAUACCUUUCCACUUCAAUGUAAGGUUUGAUGAAAGAACUGUUGUUUGUAACACAAAAAUCUUUGGUAGUUGGGGAGUGGAAGAGCGACAUGAUUUGCCUUUGUCUCCAGGACAGGAAUUCUGCGUAACAAUAAUUUGCGAUGUGAACGUUUUUAAGAUCCUCGUAAAUGAUAAACUUUACUGUUACUAUGAGCAUAGGCUCAACCCUAAAACUAUAACAGCAGUUUCCAUAAAGGGUCCCCUAAAACUUUUUUCUUUGGAAUAUUCCACUACAAAUGCUAUAAUAGGAUCUGAGGAAAUGUACUGGAGAAUCAUUGGAGGAUACUUGCGACGUGUCGAGUCUUGUCAAAAAGGAAUUGUUUGGGGGAUAUCUCACGACCACCGAGUCUGGGUUUAUACAGGAGGAUGGGGUGGUGGGAUACUUAAAGGUAUAGGUAGCAAAGAAGGAAUUCAUUCAAUGACUGAUACACAAACUUAUUGUGUAUAUGAAAACCAGAGGUGGAAUCCUCUUUCUGGGUAUACGUCUACAGGCUUGCCUACCGACCGUUACAUGUGGAGUGACAUAACUGGAAAACAUAAAAGAACUCGAGAACACACGAAACUUCUGAAUCGUCAUUGGCAUUGGGUAUCUGAAUGGAUGAUUGACUAUAACACUCCCGGAGGUGUUGAUUCCGACGGAUGGCAGUACGCAACCGAUUUCCCGGCACCAUAUCACGGGAAAAAAAUAUUUACUGAUUGCGUUCGACGACGAAGAUGGUAUAGGAAAGCGCAGAUAAUUACCGAAGGCCCAUGGAUUAGAGCUGGUAGUACUGCGUUGUUAGAUAUUUCCUUAUGGGCUAACAGUGACGACGACAUAGCAGUUUGGGCAAUCACUUUGGCUGGCGAUGCCAUAUACCGGACUGGAGUUACAGUUUCAUCACCCACGGGUACUCAUUGGGAACACGUGAACAACCCACAAUCGCUUAUAGCAAUAAGCACAUGUAAUAACAUCGUUUGGGUUGUUGGCCGAAAAGGAGAACUUUAUUAUAGAGAAGACAUAUCCAAAGAGCAUCCAUCCGGACUCAGCUGGAAAUUGAUUGAGGCCCCUAAAUGUAGUCAUUCCUAUAACCACAAGGCUGGCGCAGGCGCUAAGGCAGUUUCGUUAACCAAAACAUCAGCAUGGGUGUUGCUCUUAAACGGAACUAUUGCCGUCAGGACCGACCUUUCUAGAAAACAACAGGAUGGUAAAGAAUGGAAAUAUUUAACAGAUUGUGAUAUGACUUUCAAACAUGUUUCUGCUGAAGACAACGAGGUAUGGGCGAUUACUACAGACGGAGUAAUUCAGAGAAGACUCGGUAUAUCUGCAGAUAAUGUCACCGGUUCAGCUUGGCAACACAUUUUAUCAGCCAACCUCGUACAUGUUUCCGCUAGGGGCGGUUGUUUAAAAUGAAAAUAAUUACGUCUCUCGUUUAGAUAACUUGUACAUUUAAGUUGCAUGAAUUUCUUUCUACUCAACUCAGUUAAGUAUUAAUAAGUUAUUCAUUACAGGCUUGAGUAACAGCAAUCGUAGAGAUGUCAAUAUGUAGGUAUACUAAGUUUCUCAUUCUUAGGAAAUAUGAUAUUAUUAUAGAGACAUGCUUUCUAAGACUUUUAAAGAGCAACUAUAUCAAUUGUGUUUCAGUCUUGUAUCGUCUUGAUGACACGUAAAAUUAAAUAGGUCUAAAAUCCGUUGACAAAUGUUAAAAAUGUAUUUGUGUAAAAAAAUCUAACUAAACUAUAUCUUGCUGUGUGAGGAGAAAAGCCUCACAUUCGCAAGUUAAUGGUCGGAGUAUCAAUCAAAGGACAUCCGAAUAUGAUCUCUGGGAACAUUUAUAUCUAUAGAUAUUACUAGUAUAAUUAUUUUUAUUGUUUGUUUCACACUCUUGUGUAACUAAAUAUUAUUCCCAUAUAAAAAGCCUCGAAAUCGACGUAGUAAUAUUAAUUUUUCUAGUUACUUAUUAGCUAAAAUUAUUCGGUAUAAAAUAUUUGUAUACACAUUUAAUCUUGAGACAUGUAUUGCUUCUUCGUGAAAACUUCCAAGUAUUAGCAACACUUAGUUAAUAAGAAUAAGAGCAAAAACCACUAGACCCAACUUAUUACAGUGGUUUUUGCUUUUUGUAUCGUCCUGACGAAACGUCGCAUCGUCAAAAGCCGCAUAAGUUUAUGUAACGUAUUUUACAAAGUGACAUUUAACUCAUUAUAACAACAAAAUUUUUUUAUUCACUGUUUUGAAAAACUUGCUGCAUCCUUUUUAUAUAAAAUUAAUUUAUAUUCAACUAUUUAGUAACAUCAACAUAUUCAAUAUUCGAUCGUCAUUUCGUUAGGUUAUCUCAACGUUUUCGGUGCGUUUUUCUAUAGUGAUUUUUCGAUUUCCAAAUAUAAAUUGUGAUUUUAUUAUAUAAUUUUAGACUGAGGCUAUAUUUAAGUUUAAAAUGUUAGUAACAUUCCAACUUAGUAAAACUCCUUUACUUUAUUUAAACUUUUACUCUAAGUAAUAGGAUAAGUAAUAAGAUAUUGUUUUCUAGUCAUUGGUGUUUAUUGUACUAAACUUAUGUUAACUAAUUCGAAUAUACCAAAAAUAAAGCUUGCGCUAAACAAGGUACAUACUUAAAAUUGAAUAAAACAGCUAUCAUAUUAUAA